GGGUGAGCAGUGUCGUCGGAUAGUCUGUCUCUGCUCUGCGUCUAACGGAUAUUGUAAACAACAGAUGAGAGGGUAGCCGGAUGGUGGCGCUGACGGUAGCUGUGCUGCUCACCGUGCUGCAGGCGGUGGCGGCGGACCUGGCCCCCAUCAUCGAUCCUCCUUCGGGAAAGCGUUGCGAGGAGAUCACCAUUCCGAUGUGUCGUGGUAUCGGCUACAACCUGACCUCUAUGCCCAACGAGCUCAACCACGACAGCCAGGACGAAGCCGGACUAGAAGUACACCAGUUCUGGCCUCUUGUCGAGAUAAAGUGUUCGCCAGACCUCAAAUUCUUCCUAUGCUCCGUCUACGCUCCAAUCUGUAUAGUGGAUUACCAUAAGCCGUUGCCUGCUUGUAGGUCAGUCUGCGAACGUGCCAGGUCAGGAUGCGCACCGAUCAUGCAACAGUACGGUUUCCAAUGGCCAGAGCGGAUGGCAUGCGAGAAAUUUCCCGUAAAAGGAGAAGACCCUGAAACCCUGUGCAUGGAAAUGAACAACAGGACCGAAAGCCCGAAACCGACAAAGAAGGUUACAAAAUGCCGGGGCAGGAAAUGUAAUGAAAAGGACUGUACUUGCCGUUGUAACUCACCAUUGGUCAACAUUGAAAUGAACAAUCCGUUGCUGUAUAACAGAACUUCAGUAAACCACGUUCCCAAUUGUGGAUAUCCUUGUCAUGGAGUGUUCUUCUCUAACGAGGAACGAGAAUUCGCUUCUGUAUGGAUCACACUUUGGUCUGCCUUGUGCUGCGUUUCUACAUUAAUGACAUUAACAACGUUCCUGAUCGAUACUGAAAGGUUCAAGUACCCAGAAAGGCCUAUAGUCUUCCUUUCAUUGUGCUAUUUUAUGGUCAGUCUAGGAUAUUUGACUCGAGUCCUUCUCGGCCAUGAUGAAGUCGCUUGCGACGGAAAACUUAUUCGUUACCACGCUUCAGGACCUACGCCGUGUACAUUAGUGUUUUUAUUGGUUUACUUCUUCGGGAUGGCUUCAUCGAUUUGGUGGGUAAUUCUCUCCUUUACUUGGUUCCUAGCUGCAGGUUUAAAAUGGGGUAACGAAGCUAUAGCCGGCUACUCUCAGUACUUUCACUUGGCAGCAUGGUUCAUUCCAACUAUGAAAUCUGUCGGUGUCCUUGUAAUGCAAGCAGUGGAUGGAGAUCCAGUGGCAGGAAUCUGUUAUGUCGGUUCAACAAACGCCGACAAUUUGAGACUAUUCGUUUUGGGUCCGCUUCUAGUGUAUUUGCUGUUAGGUACAUCAUUUCUUCUUGGAGGAUUCGUAUCACUAUUCAGAAUAAGAAAUGUAAUAAAACAGCAAGGAGGCAGAGCUAAGACAAACAAAUUAGAAAAACUGAUGAUUCGCAUAGGCAUUUUCUCAGUACUGUAUACUGUACCAGCGACGAUUGUGAUUGGAUGUCAUUUGUAUGAAAGCUCUUUACAAGAAGAAUGGAUGUCACCGAUUGUAUGUCCAUGUCGAGAACAGAUAAUAAGACCGCUGCACUCUGUCAUCAUGCUGAAGUACUUCAUGGCUCUGGCAGUAGGUAUAACUUCUGGAGUGUGGAUAUGGACAGGAAAGACCCUUGGUUCUUGGAGGCGACUGUGGGGAAGGCUUUGCGCACCAGCCCCGAGACCCGAUGCUAAACAACGAAAAAAGCCUCUCCUAGCGGCUUCUACGGUGGCUGCUAGUUCCAGCUUGCUCAGUGGCCCCCACGUUGCUCCUUUCCACCAGUAUCCCUACAAAGGACCCUUGAGCCACGUAUGACAGCAGAGGGCCACCCCGCUGAGCAACUACGGCCCAGUCUAGCCUCUAAGACCCGCCGUGCGCGGGGACACGCCGGCGGUCAUGUCUUGCGGGCGGCAACGAGCGUCCCAUGCCGAUACCAGCUUUUCCCACCACAAGUCAUGGCACGAAUAUGAAAGUUUAUAAAAGAGAACUGAUCUGUGCAAGGGCGGCGCAAUGUAUACCGAAUAAAUGACAUUUAUGCAUUUAUAGUGUUACUUUCGUAUCAUAAGACGUUUUGUAAUUGAGAUGGAUUUAAUGGAAGUACAUAUAGAUUAUUCAAGGAAAAUAUUUGUCUCAUUACAAAAUAAAAUAAUCCAUUCCAGCCACAGUUUUAAUAAAAUGAAAAUAAAUGAUUUUUCAUCAGCGAAAUAAUGACACAACUAAAACAAUUAAAAUUGAAAAACCUUCAAGAUUUUGUAGAAAUGUAUUUUAAGGAAUUUUUCUUGUUGUGAAAACAAAUAGUAGUUUGUUAGAUGGACUGUAGAAUAUGGAUGCUUUUUUGGUAAUGCUUAUUUUAACGAAAUUAAUUGAUUACAUCUCAUCCAAACAUUAAGGCUUUCAAGAAGCAAUUGUUGUACAAAAUAAAAUAAUUUUAUGAGUAAAUAGAUACCGUGAAGGGUAAGGACAGGAUAAUUGGUGAAGGGUGGGUCAUGAUGAUUAAUGUUGAGCGUCAGGGGGAGAGAUGAUGGGCACGAGUGCCGCCAUUUUCUGAUUUAGUUAGGUCCAAGAUGGGCCAAGGGCAAUGUAAGCGUGAAAACUCGAAGGGCUAAGUGUCAAGGGAUUAAGGCGCCUCGGGGAAAGGGGUAAUCCGAUUUCCCCUUAACCAGUAGAGUAGGCCCUGGUGUUAUGGGAAUUUUGCUCCAGCUUCUAUUAUGGAGGCCCCUCCAGUGAAAAAGUCCACAGCAAUUUCAUCCAAAUACGCUUACGAAUUCAUUAGCGUUUUUAAUCCUAGAGGCUGACAUGGAGAUAACAGAACUUGAUAACAGAUUUUUUUUUUUUUUUUUUGGAAAAACUAAUAAGUUUUGGCAAAAUAAAUGACAUAUCAACAGUGUUCUCCAUAAAAAUUAUCUAUUUAUAUCUAAAUAUUUCAUCAAUUAUUUAUAAAUGCAUAUUUCACAUAGAA